CGCAUUUGUAAUGCGAUGGUCAUCGGUUCGAUUCCGAUAGCCGGCUUUUCUCUUUUUGGAGUCUUUAUGUCACGCUACAGAGGGCCUCGUUUCAAAAAAAUACGCCGUCUGGGGACUUUACCUGGACUAACUAGUAAAAAGCCUACAGUCGGAAGCGAAUUUAGAAACCAAUCACGCUCCGGUAAAAAAUCUCAAUAUCGUAUUCGUUUAGAAGAAAAACAAAAAUUGCGUUUUCAUUAUGGUCUUACAGAACGCCAAUUGCUUAAAUACAUUCGUAUCGCCGGAAAAGCCAAGGGGUCAACCGGUCAGGUUUUACUACAAUUACUUGAAAUGCGUUUGGAUAACAUACUUUUUAGAUUGGGUAUGGCUUCGACUAUUCCUCAAGCCCGCCAAUUAGUUAACCAUAAACAUGUUUUAGUUAAUGGUCGUAUAGUAGAUAUACCAAGUUAUCGCUGCAAACCUCAAGAUAUUAUUACAGCGAAAGAUGAACAAAAAUCGAAAGCUCUGAUUCAAAAUUCUCUGGAUUCAGCCCCACGUGAGGAAUUGCCAAACCAUUUAACCCUUCAUCCAUUCCAAUAUAAAGGAUUAGUAAAUCAAAUAAUAGAUAGUCAAUGGGUUGGUUUGAAAAUCAACGAAUUGCUGGUUGUAGAAUAUUAUUCUCGUCAGACUUAAUACUAACUAAAAAAACAAGAGUUUUGAUACGAGAAUUUUAGCUCAUUCAGGUAUCAUCUACAUGGAUAUAGGACGAUUUGCAUUCCCUGUCCACUUUUUCCAGUAUUUUGCAUUUCAUAUUACCAAAAAAAUUGGAAUUGAAAAUUCAUAGCAACUAAAGUUGGAAUAAUGGUAUCCGUUGGCAUUUGAGAUAUUGCAGAUUGAUGAAUUAACGGAGAGAGAGGGAUUCGAACCCUCGGUAAACAAACAGCCUACAUAGCAGUUCCAAUGCUACGCCUUGAACCACUCGGCCAUCUCUCCCCCAUGAUGAUUAUGGCCCAGAAACCGGAGCAAUAGUGAAUGAUUCAUAUUCCAUUUUUGGAUAGGCGCCCAUAUAAAAUAAAUAAUCAAUUCGACCUAUACGAAAUAAUUUUUUGUUUAUAAAAAAAACCAACUUCUAGGCCGUAGGCUAAAAAAAUUCAUUAAUGAGUCCUUUUUUACGUUAUUUCGUACUAUUUGUAUUGUACAAUUCCUUUGUUUGUGGGAUUCUUUUUUCUCACGCGAUAAAGAAUUCAAUUUUCGAAUGGAUUCCUACCUAUGCCUAGAUCUCGGAUAAAUGGAAAUUUUAUUGACAAGACCUUUUCUAUUGUAGCCAAUAUCUUAUUACGAAUAAUUCCGACAACCUCGGGAGAAAAGGA